UCACUGUGGUGUGGAUUAGUGAUUACUGAUACCGUCCUCAGUCGAUGUUGAGAACUUCGUAGACGCCGUAUUUUGUAUUUCUUGAAUUAUAAAUUUUCUAUUUAAGAAGUGAUAGUUUCAGAUAGAUUUUCGAUCAUUUUUUGAACGAUGGAGGUGGCAUGUUGUAGUAAUAAUUUGCAGCCUAUGAAUCGGUUUGAUUCUGCAUCAGUCGAAGGAUCCCAAAUGAAUAGUUUUCCGAAUGAAGAAUUUGAAACGUUCGGAAUGGCUGAACCCUCUGAAGACAAUACCAUCAAUAUUUUGGUCAUAGGAGAAACUGGAGUAGGCAAAUCUACUUUCAUCAACGCCUUCGCGAAUUAUUUGAGAUUUGAAAAUUUGGAGCAAGUCGAAAAAGAAAACCCCCUAGUUUUAAUACCUUGCAAGUUCACAGUCACAGAUGAAAAUUACGAAUUGAGGGAAAUCUGCAUAGGAUCCGAUUCAAAUGAGCACAAUAAUCUUGGGGAAUCAUCCACACAAGAUCCAAAAAAUUACACAUUCCCAAUCAGCGGAGGGGAAAGAUUCAUUCAACUCAUCGAUACACCUGGAAUCGGAGACACUCGUGGUAUCGAUCAAGAUACAAUAAAUUGUCAAAAAAUUAUCGAUUACAUAGCUCCCCUCAAGAUGAUACAUGGCAUAAUGUUUCUGAUGAAGCCCAAUAGCAGUAAGAUCACAGUACUUUUUGAAUUCUGUAUGAAGCAGAUUUUGUCGAGACUGGAAAAAUCAGCGAGUAAUAACUUGCUCUUCGUUUUCACAAAUACUCGUGGUACAUGCUACCGACCUGGAGAAACUCUUCCUUGUUUAAGGAGGGUUCUGAGUGACAUUAGUAAAAAACCCCCUUAUGUAUCAAUUCCACUGAGCAAACAAAAUAUAUUUUGUAUGGACAAUGAAGCUUUCCGGUAUUUGGCAGCGAUUGCUAGUGGUAUAGGUUUCACAGAAAGGGAACGACAAUAUUUUGUAGAGAGCUGGGAUAAAUCUGCUGAAGAAUCUUGGAGAAUGAUAAUUCACAUUACUGGGGAUGACGUGAAUCAACCUUUGAAACCUCAUAAUGUAGCAGAUACUAUGUGUGUUAAUGAAGCUAGAGGUCUCAUCAAUCAAUUGAAACAACCAAUGGCAGAUAUAACACAACUUAUUCAAGACAAACUAAGAGCUCUACAAAGCCAAACUGAUUUAUUGCAUCUUAAUGACUUAGAUAUAAAUGACUUGAAGAAAAAUUUAGUAGUUCCUAUUAUUGAUAUUGAAGCAGCAGAGUUGCCUCAACCUGUCACAGUGUGUACCAGUGCCAAAUGCGCUCAAAUAUACAAGGUUCGAAAUGUGAAGAAGUGGCAUUAUGGUCAACGUUGUCAUAAUCCAUGCUACCUGAAAAACGUUCCCAAAGAAAUGAUUGGUACUCCAGAAUUGGUUUAUUGUGCAGCAAUGAAUGCUGAUAAAAAGUGUAAAUGGUGUUCAUGUGAUUUCUCCACCCAUAUGCACAUCUAUUAUGAAAGUAAAACAGUCGACAAGACAAUUGAAAAUGAUCAUGUCAAGCAAAGUUUAUUGACUAAGGAAGAAUUGAAAAGGGAGAAACAGAGAAUAAUAAAUGAAAUGAAUGAAAUGAAAGAAGAACUGGAAAAUGAACAUAGGGAUAUUAUUAUUUGUAUUGCCAAAUUUGCUCAAUUCCUUCAACAAAAUGCUAUCACUCCUUACAAUGAUGUUUACAGGCAGUACAUCGAAUACUUGAUAGAUUUAGAAAAAUCUAAUGGCGAAGCUGCAGAUUUUAGUCAUAUAGCAUAUUUGAUGAAAUGCCAACAUGAAUAUGACGAGGCUAAAAAAGUUUUCGAUAAUUGUCUCAAUAUGAGAAACCAAACAUGUGGUAAGAUCACUCCUGAAUCGGUGAAGGAAAGUGUUGAUAAACUCUUCAAACUCAAACAUACUGGUAAAAAAAUAGAACAGCUCUACAAAUCUCAAUUCAGUGCCAUGAAUUCAGAAAGGAGAAAUAAUCAUCAAAAAAAUCCUGCGAGAGAACAUAAAAAUAGGGGAAUCAUCAGUAGUUAUGGAAGACGUCUCAAAAACUAUUUUAUUGGUGGCGGACAGACAAGCACAGAGUCUGAAGAAGACAAUUCAGAUAGUUUUGACAAGAAUAGGUAUAGAUCAAAAAACAGAGGAGGUAAAAAAGGACCACAAAUUGGAAAACAGUAUGAAAGACAUUUGAACGUGAUGCAACAAGAAGCUUCUGCUGCAUUGGCUGCAUUGACUUAUGACAUGAAAAAUUUGUAAACAAAAAUUUUGCUAAUAAUUUUUGUAGUCAUAUAUACCUUUUUGAGCGUCUUGAACAUAUUCAUAGCAACUGCCAUUUUCAAGUCAAUUUUUUUGUUGCAUUUACCUAGUUUAGUUAAGUGUUUUAGAGAGUUACCAUUAUAACCAGGUAUUUACUUUUGUGCUGGUAUUGUCUCAUUUUUUGUUAUUUUGUCUCAAUUAUUCACUUCGUUUUGUAAAUUCUAUUGUUAAUAAAAAUUAUGUAUUUAUACCUA